GAACAAAUGGCAUGUUUUAUUGACAUGGUUCCCAAUUGCCCGUCACACAUCUGGCGCUCGCUUCGCGAUUCAUAUUGUUUGCACUAGUACAUUCAUCCAUACAGAAGAUUCCUUUGAGAGUCAAAAUCACAAACAUCAAUAUUUGCUUGCUCCUGGCUAUAACCUCAACUAGACCACUCUCCACUUCUGCAUCUGGAUAAACCGUAUCUAAUUGUGGGCGCAACCCAUUGAAAAGUACCAUCGCUCCAGGAUAAUGCCCUACACCCUGAUCUGGUACGUUGAUGGAGGAUGUCGCGGAAAUGGAGAUUACGACGCGAUAGGCGCAGCCGCUGCUGUCCGAGAAACAAAAUAUCGAAAAUGGAUCUACAAGAAGAAGCUCCCCUACGAUGGAACCAGGCAUACCAAUCAACGAGCAGAACUUCUGGCAAUCAUAAUCGCACUCAAGAAAUCUCUGAAACUGUAUCGCCAACUCGAUGGAACGCCAUACCUCGAGCUCACAAUUCACUCCGACUCACGCUAUGCCGUUGACUGCAUGACGAAAUGGACUCCACGCGCAAGGAACGAUACAGCAGACACUGCUUGUAACGAAAUUUUGGAUGAAAUGGAGGACGAGCGAUAUAUGUAUUUCUGAAGAACCACUUGCUCUGAGUGGCAUGGCAGGGUUUCCGCGC